GAGAUUGCGGCUGGCGACGGGGAGCGGGGCGGACCGGGGGCCGGGCUGGGCCACGGGAACGGCCGGUGCGAGCCGAUCUGGCGCCAUGGGUAGCCUGACGGUGGCUCGGGCCGCUCGUAGAGCGGUGCUGCUGCCGACCAUGUUGACUUUCGGUGUGAUCGUGGCAUCGGGCGGACUGUUGCUCAUGAUCCAGAAAGGUAUGUUGGCCGAGGUGGACACUCUGAGCGGCCGCUCGUACGGAGCCCGGGGCCCGGCCGGAGCAGGAGCAGGAGCAGGAGCAGAUAAAGCCGCUCCUAGUACUGGGGACAAGUGGAAAUGGGGCGAAGACCCGGAGUACCAGAUUAUUCAAGACAUUCGGAAUAGGACCAUUCAGAGUGUAUGCAAACAUAAAACAAUGCCACAUAAUAUUUUUGAUUUAACAUCAUCUCAGCGACGGAACUUACUGAAACACAUCCUGGUCAAUGAUAAAUACAGGUUCUUGUAUUGUUAUGUGCCCAAAGUUGCAUGUUCUAACUGGAAACGUGUUAUUAAAGUUCUGAGCGGUGUGCUGGAUAACGUGCAUGUCCAGAUAAAAAUGGAUCACAAAAAUGACUUGGUCUUCCUUGGAGACUUAAAAAACAGUGAAAUUAAAUACAGAUUGAAACAUUAUUAUAAGUUUCUGUUUGUUCGAGACCCAAUGGAACGAUUGUUGUCAGCUUAUAAAAACAAAUUUGGGGAAAUUGAGGCAUACCAGCGGAGAUAUGGAAUGGAGAUAGUGAGAAGGUAUAGAAAAAAUGUGGGACAAUCCAGGGGAGAUGAUGUUACUUUUACAGAAUUUCUUCAGUACUUGGUGGAUGAAGAUGUAGAAUCAAUGAAUGAACACUGGAUGCCAGUUUACAAUCUAUGCCAGCCAUGUGCUGUGACAUAUGACUACAUUGGUUCUUAUGAACGAUUGCAAAGUGAUGCACACCAUGUACUUCGAAAUGUUGGGGCCCCGCUUCAUGUUGAGUUUCCUCCAAGGCAAGCAUGGUAUAAACCCAUCACUAAAGAGACCUUGCACUACUACUUGUGUAAAGUGCCACAAGAACUUCUCAAUGAACUUUUGCCAAAGUAUAUUCUAGACUUUUCACUCUAUGCUUACCCUCUCCCAAAUGUUACAAGUGAAUAUUGCAGACAUUGAAGGGCUUUGCUGUCCAUGCUGUGUUGGUGGGAAUUUUUUUCUAUUUAUAUUCUAAACAGUAAAUAUGGAGUUAUUAGUAUUACACCAAGGUUAUAACAUUAUUUUUGUGAUGUCAUUAUAUACCUGUACAGCACUGGGUUUGUUACCUUCCUAAGGUGGUAAUGAUUUCUUGCCUUUAACCCCUCCCUAAUCUUAAGUUUAGCCAUCAUUGGUUAGUUUUGAGAAGUGAACAUUGAAUUAGUUAAUUAUUGACCAGGACCAGUAUUAUUGGCAUUAAUUGCUUUUUUUAUCUUCAGGAAGCCCAGAGAAACAUUAUUUUAACUUAUUAUAAUUGUACUUUCCCUGUAUAAGAACACUGUCAUUUGACUUUUAUCUGGUUGGUUUCCUCUUUUUGUUAUCUUUUGCUCUUCAACUACAUUUCCAUCUAUGUUUUCAUCAGAAGAAUAUUCUGCAGUUUCUUGACCAUUUAUUAAUGAUUGCCAUUGGGGUAGUUCUUAGUAUAAUUUAAUGAUGUUUAUUAUCCAAUCCCACCCAGUGUAGAAGUAAAUCUGGGCAGAAUAGCAACACAGUGAAUGUUGCUAGAGUGUGAACAUAUUUUUCCAGAUUCAGAUCAUUUGCUGCCUUUAAAUCUCAUUUUCUUUUUUAAGAAAAAGAGCAGGUCUCAUCUUGAAUCAUUGGUAAUUCUAGCCUCCCCCAGUUUUUAAUUCCGCCACAAUAACAAAAGCCUUAACAAUGCAAUGGAGAAUUAGCUAUCUUUGACCAUGUAUGUGUAUUUGAUUUGAAACUUAUUUUUGUAAAUGUGCACUCGGUUCUGAGAUGCUCUUUGCUUAUUCUACCCCCUAUAAUGAAGAGAUUGAGUGGAGCAGAAUUUGCUUUUUUUUAAUGGGCUUCUAUAGGUUGGUGUGGAAGAUCAUUUGUAUUUAUAUAUUCCAAAAGCUGAUAUCAGUUGAGUGGAAUACAAGAUAUUGGGAGCAAGUUGGGCUGAUAGUAGUUCAUUUUUUAAAUGGGUAUAUUUUUUAUGAAGAUAUUACAAAUCAAAUAAAACAUUACUACUUAAAA